AUGAGGAGAGAGAACCAGAGCAGCGUGUCCGAGUUCCUCCUCCUGGGGCUCCCCAUCCAGCCAGGGCAGCAGGGCGUGUUCUUCACCCUGUUCCUGGGCAUGUACCUGACCACGGUGCUGGGCAACCUGCUCAUCAUCCUGCUCAUCAGGCUGGACUCUCGCCUGCACACACCCAUGUACUUCUUCCUCAGUCACCUGGCCCUCACAGAUGUUUGCUUUUCAUCUGUCACUGUCCCUAAAAUGCUCUUGGACAUGCAGUCUAAGUACAAAUCCAUCCACUAUGCAGGAUGUAUUUCACAGAUGUAUUUUUUCAUAUUCUUUACUGACCUGGACAGCUUCCUUAUUACAUCAAUGGCAUAUGACCGAUAUGUUGCCAUCUGUCACCCUCUUCAGUAUACCAUCAUGAGGCAAGAGUUGUGUGCCUUACUAGUGGCUGUGUCCUGGAUCCUGUCCUGUGCCAACUCCCUUUCCCACACCCUCCUCCUGACCCAGUUAUCCUUCUGUGCUGCUAACACCAUUCCCCAUUUCUUCUGUGACCUUGGGGCCCUGCUCAAACUGUCUUGCUCAGACAUCUUUCUCAAUGAGUUGGUCAUGUUCACAGUAGGGGUGGUGGUCAUUACCCUGCCAUUUAUAUGUAUCCUGGUAUCUUAUGGCUACAUUGGGGCCACCAUCCUGAGGGUCCCUUCAACUGAGGGGAUCUGUAAAGCCCUGUCCACAUGUGGGUCCCACCUCUCUGUAGUGUCUCCAUAUUAUGGGGCUAUAUUUGGGCAGUACCUUUUCCCAGCAUUAAGCAAUUUCAUUGACAAGGACAUCAUUGUGGCUCUCAUGUACACGGUGGUCACACCCAUGUUGAACCCCUUUAUCUACAGCCUUAGGAACAGGGACAUGAAAAAGGCCCUUAGGAAACUUUUCAGUAAAGUAACAUUUUUCUCAUAA